UUCCGAUCCUCGCAUGCGAGCCUUGGAGGUCGCCGAGACCCCGCGCUCGCCACGUCAUCGACGACCAGCGGACGACGCAGCGACCCAGCAGCCCAAGAGUCUGCCGAGCACAGAGCCUCGCCAAGGUCGUCCACCGUCCGAGCGCCGGACGGCCUCGAAGCGGCUGCCCCGCGUGCUCAUGCUGCUCUUGGAGCAUGGGUGGGUGUCGCCGGACGAUAUGCUCUACAGCGUCCUUUUGGCCAGCCCGCGGCAAUACCAUCGCCUCCAAGGUGGCAUUGACCCGUCGCUUCGGGCCUCGUGGUGGCUAUACCACGCACGGCGUCAGCGUGCGCUGUUGCCGCAAGACAAAAGCGUGUACGCGCACGAGCUAUUGCAUGGCAAUGCGAAUGUUCUCUUGACGCUGGCGCACACGGGUCAAGACGGCGAGAUCCGACGGGACAUUCCGCGGACGUUUCCCCAGGAGCCGUACUUUGAGACGACCUCGGAGACAGUCCGCCCAGGGCAUGUGCACUUGGCCAACAUCCUCAAGGCGCUCGCGCUUCGCUUUCCGUCCAUCGGGUACUGCCAAGGCAUGAACUAUGUCGUGGGGAAGCUCCUGCUCGUCUUGCGUAAUGACCGUGCCACGGAAGGCGACCUCACGCGCGACGACGAAGCAGUCGUGUUUUGGACCGUCGCCGGGGCCAUCGAGCAGCACGAUUUGCAGUCGCUUUGGGCUCCAUCCAUGCCAGGGCUGCGCCGCCAUAUCUAUGCGCUACAGACGCUCCUGGAGCGCCAACUCCCACAGCUCUUCUUGCACUUGCGUGCGAUUGGCAUGCACGCCGGGUACUUUGCAACGCAGUGGUUUGCUACGCUCUUUGCGCGCCUUGUCUCGCUCGACGCGUUUGCGUGCGUCUGGAACCGCUUCCUCGUCGACGGCGCCAAGCUCCUCUUCCGCAUCGCGCUUGUCGCGCUGGCGGAAAUGCAAGUCGACCUUCUCUCCCUCGACAUGGAAGGCGCGAGUACCUACUUUGUGCGGCACCCCAAAGCACGAGUCGGGGCGCUCGACGGUGCGUCGCUUCUUGAGCGCACAGUGCGCUACAAGGUGACGCGUCGCGGCCUCGACGAGAUUGAGACCCAGCGCAAGCUGUCGUUUCUGCAUCAUCGCCUCAUGCGCAGUCAUGGGUCGUCGCUCGACGCUGACAUCUUUUACCCCGAGCUCGACGGGCGCCCCGAGGACCCGCCGUCGGUCUUGGAGCCGAUUCGGCGGCAAGUCGCAAGCUACGAGCAUAUCGUCGCCAACGACAUUGCGGUGUUUCGGCUCAAGAUUGAGCAGCUUCAGAAGGCGCUCGAGAAGGCCACGCAGACGCUCGUACGUGCGACGCGCUCCUUUAUGGACGCAGCGUACCGCGUCGACGAGCUCAGCGAAUGGCACGACCGGCUCGAGCACCAAGUGCGGACGCUGUACCCUGGCGUGUACCGUACGACGGCGGCAUCGCCCGGCUGGUACCUUCGCAUGCUCGGGUGUUUUGAGCACCCGCAUGUACUCCUGAACGAAGAUGACGAAACGAGCACCAACGAGGCACUCGACCGGACGUAUUUUCGCACCAAGCUCGAGAGCCUUGGCCGUGAUCUCGCCCAUGCCAAAGCCGCGUGGGCGGUCGCCAGUGACGCACUGCGCUGGGCGCAGCUCGACGUCGACGAGCGCGCCUUGUACAAGACCAAGCUCGUCGAGCAGUUUUGGUCGGUGCUGCGGCGCAACGAGAGCGACAAGUCGGCGCUAUUGCACACGCUGUUUCACCACGUCGAUCAGAAAGAGACAAGCGACCGACUUGACAACGCCACAUGACUUUCUGCAGUUAAAACUCACGGGGCAAUGCGACAUAUAAGUAUCUAAGCUCCUAAACUAGUUUGCGCAACUCACAUCGUGCAAACGAUCGCGCCG